AAACUCAAAAUAAAUGUCAAAGCUGUCAAAAGCUGCACGAAGAAGAAUCUAUCUAUAAAAAAACGUAAAAAUACAUAUUAAAAUACGGAAAAGCGUCUUGAAUAACUCGUGUAUUAUUUAAUUUUAGUUUAAUAAAUUAACACCUAAAUAUUAAUGUUUAGUGAUGGCUACGACUACUUCCUAUGAGCAUGAUGCUGAUGGGUGUAAGUUUAUACCAGCUUCUCAGAGGCCAGAUGGCACUUGGAGAAAGCCAAGACGGGUAAAAGAAGGCUAUGUGCCUCAAGAUGAAGUUCCACUAUAUGAGAGUAAGGGGAAGCAGUUUGCUGCCCGACAGACCGGUCUGCCUGUGGGACUCACUCCGGAGAUAGUGGCCGCCGCUCAGAAGAAGAAGCCACAGAGUGGCAUGAUCCAGCCCAUCCCGGGCAUGCUGGUCAGCGUAGACAAAACUAAGAAGAAGAAGAAAAAGAAAACUGUUGUUGAUGACACCGCAGACAAAUUGGCAAAGUGUGAGAUAACAGAACCAACAUUUGAGCCACCGAACAAGCCCUCCCCGCCCAGCGCUCCUAGUCAAGCUGACCCGGUUAAACGCCUCAAAAACCUACGGAAAAAGCUUCGAGAUAUUGAAACUCUUGAGGAAAAAAUUAAGGCUGGACUCCUAAAGCAACCAGACAAGGACCAGAGGGAGAAAAUGUCUAAGAAAACAGAAGUACUCAAAGAAAUUGAGGAUUUAGAAAAGCUAGGUGUAGAAUAAGACAAAUAUAUUUAAUUGAACUACUGCCAGAAUCAUGUCUUAUUGACUUGAUCAUCAAAUGAACUGUUAUGCUACGGUGCAUGCAAAGAAAAUGUUUUUUUAAGAAAUGAAGUAAUAAAAUAAAUUAUUUACGAAAAGUCA